AGGACAGGAGAGGGCUUUUUAUGUGUAUUUGCCAUCAACAAUACCAAAUCUUUUGAGGAUAUACAUCAGUACAGGGAGCAAAUAAAACGGGUGAAAGAUUCAGAUGAUGUUCCCAUGGUGUUGGUGGGAAACAAGUGCGACCUUCCAGCCCGAACUGUAGAAACACGGCAAGCUCAGGACUUGGCCAGAAGCUAUGGCAUUCCCUACAUUGAAACCUCUGCUAAAACUAGACAGGGAGUAGAAGAUGCUUUCUACACAUUAGUGAGGGAGAUACGACAGCACAAGUUGCGGAAGCUGAAUCCUCCUGAUGAAAGUGAGAAGGGGUGUCUGAAUUGCAAGUGUGUUGUAUCCUGA